AUGGUCGGCCGCCGCUGUCUCGCGGGCAUCACUAUGGUGUGCAAGAUCAUGGGCGCGGCCAGUGAGGAGGACGCCUCCUUCGAAGAUCUGCUCAAGCUCGGCCGCUCUCUCGCCUCCAACAUCGGCUCAGUGUGCACGGCGCUCGAACACUGCCACGUCCCCGGGCGCUCUGAAUUCGCCUCUAUCCCAGAGGGCCGGAUCGAGAUCGGCCUCGGCCUGCACAACGAGACGGGCGUCAUGAACGUGCCCCUGCCCUCGCCCGAGUCUCUCAUCGAGACCAUGCUCGACCUGAUUCUGAACCAGGACGACCCGGAACGUGCCUUCGUCCCCUUCGCCCCGGAGGACGUGACAGUCCUCAUGGUGAAUAACCAGGGCGGCCUGUCCCCCCUCGAGUUGGGAGCGGUGGUGGACGAGACGCUGAAGCAGCUCGACGAGCGGGGCAUGCACCCACAGCGCGUCCUCAGCGGCGUCUUCAUGGGCAGCAUGAACAUGCCCGGCAUGAGUCUCAGUGUCAUGAAUGUCUCCAAUGUGGCGCGCGACACGGGGCUCAGUGUCGACAAGAUCAUAAGCUUGCUCGACGCACCACACACCGCGCCCGCGUGGCCGGCCACGGCGGGCGUGUACCCCCUGCCCGAGAAACUGCGCAACCGCCCGCUUUCCGAGCGCCUGACGGAGAUCUCGCCCGAGGAAACGAAGGAGUCUGCGCCGAAAGGUCCCGCUCUGAAGGCCGACCCGGAGCUCAUACGCCAGAUCCUGCGCAAGGCGGCCGAAGACGUGGUCGCGCUCGAGCCAGAGCUGACACACUGGGACACGCUGGUGGGCGACGGCGACUGCGGCGAGACGUGUGCGGCGGGCGCGCGCGGCGUGCUGUCCCACCUCGACACGCUGUGUGCGUCCGACCUCGUCAGUCUCUUCCGGGAGCUCACCGAGGUCAUCGACGACGCGAUGGGGGGCACGCUCGGCGCCAUCUUCUCCAUCUUCCUCGCUGGGCUCACGACGAGCACCAUGGCCGCGGCCCGCCAGUCGCCCCAGCCCGCUGUGACGCCGCAGCUCCUCGGCCAGCUCGCCAUGGGCGGGCUCGAGACGCUGCAGGCCCGCACGGCCGCAAGGGUCGGCCACCGUACCGUUAUGGACAGCCUUAUUCCUUUUGCUGAAACCCUCGCGAAUUCCGGCGACGUCAAGGCUGCCGCUCAAGCUGCUAGGGAUGGGGGAGAGGGCACCGCGCGCCUCACGGCCAAACUCGGCCGCGCGGCUUAUGUCGGCGACCGCGAGGAUGUCGACAUGCCCCCUGACCCGGGCGCCAUGGCUUUUGUCGCCGUCGCGGAGGCUAUUGCGGCGUGCUCCCAGUAG